GAGGACGUAUCGAUUUGAAAAGAACAAGAAAGGGGAGCAUUUCGGCUGUGAAUCACUAGAAUCCAAAGGCGUGCAUCAAGGACUAUCACAACAUUCCAAAUCCUUUUUCUGUAAUGGUCAAUGGAGAUAGAUGAUUAACGUUCCGAGGUGGGUUUCGACCAUAUUCAAUGGAAAGUGAAAAACUGAGUACGGAUUGAUCAGGGCCAAGGGUAGGAAGCAGGGAUUAGCCGUGCACCUCAUAAAAAGAUCCCGCUGUCAUUCAGCCUGGUUUGUUUAUUAACCCAGGAAAAAGUUAGAAUACUGUGAAUUCAAGUCUCGUGAUUGGUACUGGGCGUUGACAUUGGAGCUGGCCAAAGCUCUUGCAGAUUCAUUCCAAAUUGCCUGGAAUGAAACCAGACCGUCUCUUAUGCCUGUAAAUUGAGCGAAACCCAGUUGACAUUCAGGGGAUUCACCUGGGAAGGCGAUGUGUUGGUAAUCCUACCGGAGGUCCGUGGGUCCCAUUGUCCCUUUCAAACCAGUAUUUACUGCACAGUGCCAACUUUGAGAACAAUUCCGCGUCUGAUUGUGCUGCACAAAUUCGGAGGUCCCACUGUCAUACUUUUCAACUAUUCCGGCAGAGGCAAGCGCAUCCGAUGACCAGCGCUGACGGCCCAGGAAAGAGUGGCACUAAAUUCAACUGUAAUUAAAGGUGUCCUGCUUUCAAUCAGACGCCGCUGACGUCGGCGACAGAGUGGUCGCCGGUUGAAUUUGUCAUUAUCACAGUGCCCCUCAUAUUACGACUCUUCUCAGGAUUUGCGCAACGCAGUUUAAAUGCGACGAUGGCGCUGCUAGAUGAAUAAUUAAUUGUCGUCUACAGACGGGAGUUUUUUAAGCACAGGUACGCUCUCGCUGGCACAGCAUUGUGCGAUAAAGUUUGUCGUCAGAGGCCGGGGCGUGAGGCGUGGACGGAUGUCGGAUUGGGCGCGCUAUAUUUAGGUUCUAGUUUGGCGGAGGAAUGAAGAAGCUUUUCUUUUGAGCUGUUGUGACGGGGCUCCAUUCAUUUGACUUUUGAAAAAGGUAGAGUGUGGAAUUUUUUACAACCUCAAAAAGAUCGGGAUUCGAACCCCUUUUUGGCGUAUCAUAAUAGCGGUUUGUUUUACAGGGAUUGUUCAAGAUGGGAAUUAUGUCGAGAAGGGUAUUGCCCAUUUGUGGCAAUCUCUGCUUUUUCUGCCCUUCUUUGAGGGCGCGUUCCAGACAGCCCGUUAAGAGAUACAAGAAACUUUUGUCAGACAUUUUUCCCAAAUCACAGGAUGAGGAACCAAAUGAUCGGAAGAUUGGCAAGUUGUGUGAAUAUGCAUCAAAAAAUCCAAUGCGGAUUCCCAAGAUUGCAAAAUAUCUGGAGCAGAGGUGCUAUAAGGAGUUGCGAGCUGAGCAUUUUGGAUCAGCCAAAGUCGUCAUGCAUAUUUAUCGUAAACUGCUAUUUUCGUGUAAAGAACAAAUGCCACUAUUUGCUAGUAGCUUGCUGACUAUUAUCCGUACCCUGUUGGAUCAAAUGAGACAAGAUGAAAUUCGUAUCCUAGGAUGUCAAACUCUUGCUGAUUUCAUUAACUGCCAGAUGGAUAGCACUUAUAUGUUCAACUUGGAAGGUCUUAUUCCCAAACUCUGUGGACUUUCGAAAGAAAUGGGAGAUGAAAGAAGAUGUUGCCGUUUACGUUCUGCUGGGCUUCAUGCUCUUUCAGCUAUGGUGUGGUUCAUGGGAGAACAUUCACAUAUUUCAAUGGAUUUUGAUGAUAUUGUUGCAGUGAUGUUGGAUAAUUAUGAUUCUUUUCCAAUGAAUUUGGAAACUACGGAUCAAGUCAAUGGGAAUACCUAUGGCCACUGGGUACAGGAAGUACUCAGAGGUGAAGGUCGUAUUAUAGCAUUGACUGAUGGUCUUACUAGAGUUCCUUCGUGGAGGGAGGUAGUAGACUUAAAAGGAGAAAAUAGUCUUACAGGGGAGGAAGCAGAGGAUCCCAAAGUUUGGUCAAAGAUUUGUCUUCAAAACAUGGCAAAAUUAGCAAAGGAGGCCACUACGAUACGGCGUGUACUUGAACCUAUGUUUCGUUUUUUUGAUAGUGGGAAACACUGGUCGCUUCAGAAUGGACUUGCUCUAUGUGUUCUAUACGAUAUGCAACGCUUAAUGGAGAAAUCAGGCCAUUCUACUCAUUUGCUAUUGUCCAUGCUUAUUAAACAUCUUGAUCACAAGAAUGUGGUGCAGCAACCUCAAAUGCAGAUUAAUAUCAUUGAAAUUUCUGCUAUCCUGGCACAACAGUCAAAAUCACAAGCAUCUGUAGCAAUGGUUGGUGCCAUGUCUGAUCUGGCAAGGCAUUUGCGCAAGAGCAUGCAUUGUACUUAUGAGGCUUCGAAUCUCAGUGAUGAUAUAAACAACUGGAACAAGUCUUUUCAGGCUGCAAUUGAAGAGUGUCUGGUGCAAUUUGCAAAAAAGGUUGGUGAUGCUGGUCCAAUUCUUGACAUGAUUGCUGUCUCAUUGGAGAAUCUCUCUACAACCACUGUUGUGGCUAGAACAACAAUUGCAGCAAUGUAUCUCAUUGCUCAUAUCAUAUCAUCUGUACCAAAUCAUUCAUAUUAUAAUAAGGCUUUUCCAGAGGCUCUAUUUCAUCAGUUAUUGCAAGCUAUGGCACAUCCAGAUAAUGAAACAAGGGUUGGAGCCCAUCGAAUUCUUUCAAUUGUCCUUGUGCCAUCUUCUAUGAGUCCUCGGUCUGAGUCUCAUUCUCCAGAUUCACCAGGAGUGCAGGGCCUGAAGAGGACAUUUUCAAGAACUGCAUCAGUGUUUUCUUCAGCAUCUUCUUUGUUUGAGAAGCUAAGAAAGGAAAAGGGAUCUUUGCAUGGAGACAGAAGUAAAGAUAAUACUCAAGAAAUUGAUAUGAAGGAUAUUCAGAAGAUGCAGAAAACAGUGUCAAUGUUCCGAGAGGAAGAUGGACCAAGAAGUGAUGUUGAUAUUAAGCAUUGUACAAUUUAUCCAAGUCCCACCCAAACCCAUAGCUUGAAGCUUCCUGCAUUAUGUGCUAUAACUGAUGGAAAUUUCUCCAGGGAAACCAUGAGGAAUGCGGAAACAAGUCCUCUAAGGUUGAGUGGACAUCAAAUGGCACUUUUACUUUCCUCACUGUUUACUCAGGCAAUAUAUCCUGAAAACACACCAGCAAAUUUUGAGGCAGUUGCCAAUACUUAUAGUCUUGCACUACUGUUCUCUCGUGUCAAGAGUUCAAAUCACAGUACACUAAUUCGAAGUUUUCAGCUUGCUUUCACAUUAAGGAGCAUUGCCCUCGAUAAUGAAAGCUAUUUACGACCAUGUUGCCGCAGAUCUCUUCUUACAGUGGCUACAUCAAUGCUCGUUUUUGCAGCCAAAACCUACAAUUGCCCCUCUCUUCUUACAUCUGUAAAGACAACACUCAGAGAUAAAACGAUGGAUCCUUUUUUACAGUUGAUAGAUGAUUAUAGGCUCAGGUCCAAUUCCACUCCCCAUGAGAUAAAAACUGCAUAUGGUUCAGAUGAGGAUAAUGCUGCUGCAUUGAAGUCUCUUUCAGUGGUAACUUUGAAUUCAGAUCAGUCAAGAGAAUUCUUAGUAUCCUUGGUCAUCAGCAAUCUAGGAAAACUGUCAGAGGGGGAGUCUUCUAGCAUGAGGAAAGAACUCCUACAGAACUUUUCACCUGAUGAUGCAUUUGCUCUAGGAGCUCAGCUAUACAUGGAAACACCUCGGCCAUGUUCUCCAUUCAAGACAAUCGAAAGUUCAUCUUUUCAUGAGCUAGCUCCAUCAACAUUCAUGGCUGAGGAAGAUACGGUAAAUGAAUCAUUUGGAACACAAGUGAAGACUACAGAUCAUGUCGCUGUGGAUGGUAAACACGUACUCAGUGUUAGUCAGCUACUAGAAUCGGUUCUUGACACUGCACGCCAUGUUGCAAGUAUUUCUGUUUCGACUACCCCUGUACCUUACAAUGAAAUGGCAAGCCAAUGUGAGGCUCUAGUAAUAGGCAAGCAAAAGAAGAUGUCGAUUCUCACGAGCUUCAAGAGAAACAAAGAUCCAUUGCUUCCUUUAACAGAAAAUAAUGAUUCAAGUAUACCAUCUAUGAAUGAAUCCAUUCAAGAACUCGCUAAGAUUAAAAACGAUUCAGUCCUUGGAGAGAAGGCUAUUAUGAAUGCUGGCAAGCCACUAUGGUUUAAUAUGUCACCUGGCACAAUACUUUUGCCUCGUGAAUAUCAGCAAUCUUUUCAAUCUUUCAGGCUACCUCCGUCUAGCCCAUAUGACAACUUUCUUAAAGCUGCUGGCUGUUGACAUUCUCCUGAAGUAUUGUUUCAAAUAUAUCAGGUUCAAAGAUAUGUGUUUUAUAAUUUUCUACAGGGGAAAUGCAUGCCGUAUCCAAAUUCAAGCAUUGGAAGAAAGAUGUAUUAAUUUUCAGGAAACCUGCAAAUAUCAGAGAGUUACUCAUUCUUUUGUAAUUAUAUAUAUAUAUAUAUAUAUUGUAUUAUUGGGUUUUUUUAUUGAUUGCAGGCUAGCAUCCAAAAGAGAGAGCAAGCAAUACCGUGCUUAGUUUGAAAAGAAGCUCUAUUCACAUUUUUUAUGAAAGGAAUUUGUUGAUUCGAGUCUAAAGGAUUUGUGUCAACAAUGUAAUACACCUUUUAUUGACACUGCCUUUUUAAGGCAGGAAUUUUGUAUUUAUCCAAAAUCUAAACAAUCCAGUCUUACCAAAAAAUAAGAUUCUUUUUAAA